AAUGGCUGCAUCUGCACAGAAGCUUUUGGGUCGCUUGGGAACUGUCGGAGUGGGCCUUUCCAUCGCUGGAGGAAUCGCACAAACUGCUCUUUACAAUGUUGAUGGAGGUCAACGAGCAGUCAUCUUCGACCGAUUCAGUGGAGUGAAAAACGAGGUCGUCGGAGAAGGAACUCAUUUCUUAAUUCCAUGGGUACAAAAACCAAUCAUUUUUGAUAUCCGGUCAACGCCGAGAGCCGUCACCACCAUCACUGGAAGUAAAGACUUGCAAAACGUCAACAUUACUCUCCGUAUCCUUCACAGACCAAGCCCCGAUCGUCUUCCAAACAUCUACCUGAACAUUGGUUUGGACUACGCAGAAAGAGUCCUUCCUUCCAUUACAAAUGAAGUUUUGAAGGCUGUUGUGGCGCAAUUCGAUGCUCAUGAGAUGAUCACCCAGCGUGAGGUUGUCUCCCAACGGGCGUCCGUGGCUCUUCGUGAACGUGCUGCACAGUUCGGACUUCUCCUUGAUGAUAUUGCAAUUACCCACUUGAACUUUGGACGUGAAUUCACUGAAGCCGUCGAAAUGAAGCAAGUCGCACAGCAAGAAGCCGAAAAAGCGAGAUACCUUGUCGAGAAGGCUGAACAAAUGAAGAUCGCCGCCGUUACCACCGCCGAAGGAGAUGCUCAAGCCGCAAAGCUUCUUGCCAAGGCCUUUGCCUCUGCCGGAGACGGACUUGUCGAGCUCAGAAAGAUUGAGGCCGCCGAAGAGAUCGCCGAGCGUAUGGCCAAGAACAAGAAUGUCACCUAUCUUCCAGGAAACCAACAAACCCUUCUCAACCUUCAAUCCUAAAUAUCUCCGGUUACGUGUUUUAGACGAAUUCCACUCAUUUUCCCCUUUUCAAAGAGCCUUUUUCACUCUGUUGAACUUUCGAGAAUAAUCAUGCCCGAAUUCUCAAUUAAAUACUUUUUAAAUUUCGUUUUUUUUGUUCUGUUUAGAGUAGGUCAUUUCCUUCAUUCAUUUUGUGUAGGUAUCGUAGCUUUUUCAUUUUUUUUGCUUGUUUUUGUUGGAAAUUUUCGUCUAAUGAAUAAUUUGUUCGCG